CAGCACCAUCGUGACGUGCUCCAAACGGCUCCAAAACUACGCCGACAGCACACGGGAUAGAUGAAGAGCAUUUUGCUGUCAUACAGAAAGAUCGGCAAGUGCAACAUUCCGUACAGUGGCCAUCCCUCAGUUUUGAGCAAGUGAUGAUGGGCUCAUUUAAAUGGAAGGCAGGCCUUCUGUAGAGAUUGGUGUAAGGCAGUCCACUGGAGGAAAUGUAAUGGAGUUUACACCGACUGCUGAGCAGCAAAUAGACAGGAGCAAACAGAACCCGGGUUCUUUGGGAAACACAGACGAAGGGCUGAAAUAUGAUAUUGGGCGCGAAGCCCAUGACUUCAGCUGCAUUUACAGCAAAGACCUGCUUCCCGCUGAGGAUGGGAAGGAGGCAACUAAGCACUUCUUUCAGGAGCUUUUGAACAUCUUGCUGGCUUAUAUCAGCAAAUCUGUGAAACACAGCUCCAAAAUUCUGGACUUCCACCAUCCUCACCAGUUCAAAGAUGGUUUAGAAGGCUUCAACCUGGAGCUCCCUGACCAGCCAGAUAAUCUGGAGCAGCUGCUGGUGGAUUGCAGAGACACGCUGAAAUACGGAGUUAAAACAGGUCAUCCAAGAUAUUUUAACCAGCUGUCAACAGGACUUGACGUCAUCGGUCUUGCAGGAGAAUGGCUGACGUCCACAGCGAACACAAACAUGUUUACUUAUGAAAUAGCCCCUGUCUUUAUACUGAUGGAGGAGGUCAUUCUGAAAAAAAUGCACAAAAUUAUUGGCUGGACCGAGAAGGAUGGAGAUGGGAUCUUUUGUCCAGGAGGUACCACGUCCAAUCUGUACAGUGUGCUGUUAGCGAGGUUUUAUUACUUUCCUGCAGUGAAGACCCAUGGGAUGAGUGCAAUACCUCGCCUGGCACUGUUCACCUCCGCGCACAGUCAUUAUUCGAUCAAGAAGUCAGCAGCGGUCCUCGGCAUUGGCUCUGACAACGUCAUUGUUGUCAAAUGUGAUGAAAGGGGGAAAAUGGUCCCGUCGGAAUUGAAUUCUAGCAUUGAUGCAGCAAAGUCUAAGGGUCUUGUCCCGUUCUACGUCAAUGCAACUGCAGGGACCACCGUCUAUGGAUCUUUUGAUCCUCUGAAUGAAAUAGCAGACAUAUGCGAGCAGCAUGGCCUGUGGAUGCAUGUGGAUGCGGCCUGGGGUGGUGGCUUGCUCUUAUCCAACAAGCAUCGUGUAAAAAUGCAAGCAAUUGAAAGGGCGGACUCCGUGACCUGGAACCCGCACAAAAUGAUGUGCGUCCCACUGCAGUGCUCGGCUAUUCUGGUCAAGAGGAAGGGCCUCCUGCAGGAAUGCAAUCAGCUGUGUGCCGAGUAUCUCUUCCAACCUGACAAGCAAUAUGACGUGUCCUAUGACACCGGGGACAAAAGCAUUCAGUGUGGAAGACACGUGGACGUCUUUAAAUUGUGGCUCAUGUGGAAGGCGAAGGGCUCAGAGGGGUUUGAAGCACAGGUCAACCACUGCUUGGAAAACGCCGAGUAUCUCUACUACAAGCUAAAGAGGAGAACGGAUUUCGAGUUCGUCUUUACAGGAAAACCUGAACACAGCAAUGUCUGCUUUUGGUAUCUCCCACAAAGAGUGCAAAACAUGCCUCUUGGUCCAGAGCGUGAUAGAGAACUUCAUAUGGUUGCUCCAAAAAUCAAGGAAAAGAUGAUGGAAGAAGGAUCCACGAUGAUAGGCUAUCAGCCACUCGGAGACAAAGUGAAUUUCUUCCGUUGCGUUUUUUCCAACCCAGCAACACAGAGGCAGGAUGUAGACUUCUUGGUAGAAGAAAUUGCCCGGCUAGGCUGUGAACUUUAAAACUGCCAAAAGAUGCCUUUCUUUUGGUACGAUAUAUGUACUUAUUUAUGCCUCUGAUGUCAGUUAUAAGCUAAAUUAACAGCCUUCAACAGUCUAACUUUUUGUUUUAGGAAUUACAAAUGAUUUUGUCUUUGUAGAGUUAGAUAUGGAAUAUUAAAUAAUAUAUGCUACUAUUGUUCAGUAGUUCAUGAUCAUAAACUGAUAUUUUUAGCAUAACAUAAGAACUAACACACAGAAUACAACACAAAGUGGAUGAUGUAUUAGAAAUAUUGUUAGAUUUCUGUUUGGAUUACAUAUUUUUAGAAUAUCAUUGCACUGUCUGUGUGUCAGCUUGUAUAAAUCCUGUGUGUAGAAGCUCGAGUCAUGUGUAGGUCUUCAUGCAGGUGAUAAUUUGUCAACUAGUGCCUUCUGCUGGUGAAUUCUUCUCAUGGCUGACCAAAACUUGUCCAUAUUGUGUAAUUUUACCCUUAUAUUUAUAAAAUGGGUGAUAUUUAAAAAAACAUUGUAUAUAUUUAAUGAUGCAAUGGAAAUGUUACAUUUUUUAGAAAUACAGAAUAUAAUAUACAUAAUAUUUAAUUAAUGUUAAUUAUGUUUAGAAAUUUGAUUUAAUUUCAAUUUGGCUGGAAAAUCAAGCGGCACAUUUUUGCCCCUCUUACUUUGUGAAAUUAUUCACAGAUUGUUCUUCAUGGUUGCCUGUUUGUCCUCCAGGGGAAUUUCAUGAAAGAGAGACUUUAUUUAUUUGUAUGCCACCUGCUGUACUUACUCCAUUACUGUAGAAAUAAAAUGAUAUAGCAUGAAGGUUUUUUAAAACGUAA